AUGAUGCUGGCCCAUGCGAGGGAAGUGCUCGAGCGGUACAAGGGGAAGAACAGGAGCUACAAGGUCUUCAACGAGCCGGUUCAUGGCGAACAGUACCGAAAGAACUUGCCUGGCAUCUGGCAGGACAUGUUUGAUUUGAUGAAAGAGGUCGAUCCCGAUGCAGACCGAAUCAUCAACGACUACCAGCUCAUUUCCGGCGACACUUCGCAGUGCUUCAACGACCUCGUCGACGGCUACACCGACAUCGACUACAUCGGCGUCCAAGCCCACGUGAAAGGCUUCUUCAACGCGGAAGUGACUCAAGAGCGAUACGACCUGCUCUCCGAAACUGGCAUUCCCCUCUGGGUCACCGAGUUCGACGUUCAAAACUGGAACAGAACCGAUCGCGGACUCGACGUCGCCGACCACAUCCGACUGGCGUACGCGAAUCCGAAAAUUGUCGGUUUCACUCUUUGGUCCGUGAUUUUCGGAACUUCGGGACAGAACUUUUACGAUCGACUCUUUCUCGAAGGCGUUUUGAACGAGCACUCCGAGCCGUUCGUUGAUCUGGGCUACCCUGGCUACCCGAAUGCCGCCGGAGUGGCCUACAUCGAGCUCGUCAAGGGAGAAUUCAUGAGCAACUUUACCAAAACUGUUAACGACGGGGAAACUGUCCAACGAAGACUCACUCCUGGUGAUUACUUGGUAACUGUCACUGGCCCAGACGGAGAAUUGCUCUCCGAAGUGGUUGAAACUGUCACUUCAGUUUGCGAUCCCUAUUCCAAAGAACAACUAGUUGUCGAUGGAGAGUUCGAUUCCGGCAUCGUCGAUGCCCAAAUUACUGUCAACGGAAACGGAAAAAUCCACUGGGAUGGAUACGUCACUGACGCGCUUGCCGUCCGCGGCCACAGCGGAGAGAACAUCAUCACCAUUGACGUCACAGUUCCAGUCCAGUCGAGUUAUGUAAUCCAGUUCUACGUCAAAUUGACUCAAUGGACGGAGCCAGUCGAUGCGGUUGUUAGCGCUGAUGGGAAAGGUUCGGUUUACAAAGAAUGUACUCAAACUCUUUCUCUUGAACCAACUACUACUACCACUACAACAACAACUACGACUACGACUACGACUACGACUACGACUACAACUACGACGACGACGACGACGACUACGACUACGACUACGACUACGACUACGACGACUACGACGACAACGACGACGACAACAACAACGACUACGACGACGACAACAACACCAAUCGCACUAAAAACCUGGAGCAAAUGUUCCCUUCCCUGCGUGUCAACUAGUAGCGGCUCAGUAGGAACUCAGACAUCUUCUGACGGAGAAAUGCGCGUGUGCAAUGUUGAAUCGUGUGAUCUCCUCUCAAACAACAUCUUCGUAGACUCAGUCUGUGAGCAAGACAUCAACACUGGCGCGUGGGAAAGCCGAGGCGGCUCGGGAACGAACACAAUCGAAUCUUAUGACGGGGCUGGGCUCAAAUUCCAGGGGCGAGACGCGAACUGGAAGGGAGUUAUUCAAGAAAUUCCUUGCAGCAAAUUCGUCGAGUUGGAAGGAAAAGAUGUCUAUUUCAAGGCGCAAAUGAAGUUUAUCGGCGACCACGAUGAAUUUACUGUUCGACCGUCUUUCCAGGCGAAACCGAAAGGAAGCGGCUCCAGUAAGUUUGCCAGAGCGACUGUAAACGUUCCUUAUGAGUACGGAGAGAAUCUCUGGCAAGAGAUUCACGCGCUGCAUCAUUUGGACUUUUUGGCCGCGAUGGGAAUUAGUGGAGACGAACUGAUCGCGAAUUACAACUGCUACUUCACCGUUGUCGUCGACGACGUUGACAUUUCUUACCACAUCGACAACAUCAUCGCUGUGGACACAGAAACGCUCGUCGGCGGAGUCGAAAAAGACGGGCUCAUUUUCAACGCCGACUUCGAAGUCGCCACCGAGCACACUCUCUUCGACAUCAACGGCUGGCAAGUCAGCAACGGUGAAAUCGAGAGCGUCUACAACACACUUUCCGAGUCCAAAUCUCAAAACGCCUUGGCGCAUUUGAGAUUGUUCAAUCGACAGGAGAACUUUAACGGCUGCGUCGUUCCCGACGGAAAGUGGCACAAAUACGGGAACAGAUGCAGCUUGGAAAAUCUUCUUUCCGAGAACAUCGCGGAAGUAACCAGCGUCGAGGCAAACAAAAACCAAGUCGAGUUUAAAUUCACCAACGCGCCGGAAGGGAGCCGGAUGACUUCGCAGCUCGUCAGGACUGAGUUCGACUGGGCGGGGACAGCCAAGUCCUCCUGGUUCGAAGCUGAUUCCGAGUUCAACGAUUACGCACUGAACUCGUUCUCCUACUACUUCAAUUUCGCGCAUUUGGUCAAUCCGUUGAAAUGGAAAGCUGUUGAAUCGACAGAAGGAAUUCGAGAUUUCAGCGAAGCGAAUUUGAUGCACGCGUUUUUCGCGAAUCAGAGCAUUCCCGUUUCCGGAAACACGAUUUUCUGGGAAGUAGACGAAGGGAACUACCAUCCAAAAGCUUCGCCAACCUGGUUUGGCGAGCGAUUCAACGAAUUGGCGACGACGGGUGGCGAUUUGGAGGAAAUCAGAGCGCUGAUGCUCGACUGGGAAGCGGCUCUUCUUCAAGAGUACAAUGGCUCCAAGCAGCAUGGCUUCAGAAACGUCAUCUACAAGAUUAUGAACGAGCCGACUCACGGCUCUGUUUACCGCGACAACUUGGCGAACAUCUGGGACGACAUCUUCGCCACUUUCAAAGCGAACGAUCCCGAAGCGGAAAUCAUUGUCAACGACUUCAACAUCGUCAACAUGGAUUGGACUCAGUGCAUGAUCGACGUGACGAAGGAGCAAAUUGAGCUGAUCGACUACGUCGGCGUCCAGGCGCACAUGCAUCCGGGCCUCAACUUCGACAACAUCAAGUACCGGAUGGACAUGCUCUCUUCCACCGGCCUCCCGCUCUACAUCACCGAGUUCGACAUCGCCAAUUUCAACGUCACGGCCCGGGGCGAGGAAGUCGGCGAUUUCAUGAGAUAUGUUUACAGCGAUCCGGCUGUAGGAGCGUUCGUCGCCUGGGCUUUCUUGAAAGGCGCCAUGCAAGAUAGCGAGCAAAAAGCCUUCGUGGAAAAUGAACUCAACGAGUUUUCAGAGCCAUUUGCUCACCUCGGCCAUCCAAGCUACCCGAACGCCGCGGGAAUGGCCUACAUCAACUUCGUCCUUGAAGAGCUGAGGACAGAGCCAAUCAUGGGCAGCAUUAGCUACUCGAACGAAGGAGAUGUUUACGUUCGAUCCAUGACUCCUGGAACUUACCGCUUUGUUUUGAAAGAUGCGGACGGGAAUGUCAUUGAAGAGCGCGAGGAAAUCAUCAGCUCGCCUUGCAACAACUACGAGAGCGGAAAUCUCGUCGAAGGAGGCGACUUAGACGUUGAUGGUGGAGAAAGCAGCUCUGUUUCUGCUCAAUUUGGCGCUGUCCACUGGGACGGCUACGUCCAACGCGGAUUCAAGUUCCCUGGCAACUCGGUUGUGACGAUUGAUUUGACAGACAGAAUCGUCGAAGAUGCCCAGUACGUCGUCCAAUUUUACGUCAAGGUUUUAACAGACUCGAGCACGGAGAACUUGAGCGUUUUGGCGAAGAAAAACGGAGAAACAGAAGUGAUAAGUUCGCCGGUCAGCUCGAGCAACGAGUGGUUCAAAGUCAAGAAAUGGGUUGCUCUGACAACUUCUGAUAGCUCGAUCGAAAUCAGUGUGCCCGACCUCCUCGAGGGUUCGAUAAUCAUUGAUCAUAUCAUCGUCAAACUCGCCAGUGAAUUUAAUGCUUGCUCCAAGCAAAUAGUUUCUUUUGAUUUCCCAGAAACUACAACCACAACCACGACCACAACCACAACGACGACCACAACGACGACAACGACAACCACUACAACAAAAAAUUUAGAAAACGGCGAAUCAGAAAUGACGGGAAGCGAAAUUAGCGAAACCGCGGAAGCGUCUGAGAUUGACCGCAAUGAUCAAGCCAAUGUGAACAGCGAUUUCACGGAUGAGUUUCAUGCCCAGUUUCACAAGACGAUUGUGAAGCCACUUUCGCAAGAAGAAAGAAAAGAAUGGCUGGACAAAAUUUGGUUGUCAAAAGAUCUCCCUUCUCACGCAGAAGAAGACGACGUUACUCUCCUCUUUUGGUACGCAAAAGAAGGCGAUCGUCGGCAAAACACAGACGUCACCAUUCGCCACACGAAGGAAAGAGACGUUCCCGGAAAAGACCCGUUUUGCGGCGGCUGCCAUCUUUCAGUCGACAGGGAGCUGGAGAACAAGGCCGAUGGCAUCAUCUUCAACACUGGCAAAAUGUUCACUUAUCUCAAAGCAAGCGCAUACGGCCGUGGAAAAGCAAGCGAGCCAGAAGUCUUUCCAAGCCAAAAGAAACGUAAGCCCGAUCAAUUCUACAUCUUUUACCAGCGCGAGUCGGGAACGAAAGGACACGAGCACAGCAGCCUGAUGACGGAAGAAAUCGACGGAAUGUUCAAUUUAACUUGCUCGUACAGAACGGACUCGGAUGCGAUCAGGCGCUUUGGGAUGAUUGAGGAGUCAAUUCAGUUUAGCAGAUUUGAUGGGAAGGAAAUCCCGUUUUCCGACGAAGAGUAUUUUGAGCGCUUGAUGAAGAAAAAGUCGAAGAAACACAUUGCCGCCUGGUUUGUCUCGAACUGUGAUCAUACAGAAGGAGCUGUGAAACGAUGGGAGUACGGGGAGUCCUUGAUCAAAGCGGGACUCAGACUUUAUGGCGAAGGACAGUGCUUUGGAAAGGUGACGGAACGAAGCUUCUCGAAGAAGAAAGAAGAGGGCUUCUCCCUCGAAAGCGUCAAGUUCUACCUCGCCUUCGAGAACGCCUACCACUGCAACGACUACAUUUCCGAAAAGUUCUGGCGAAACGGAUUCCACUCGGAGACCGUUCCCGUCGUUUUUGGACCCCACCCAGACGAUGUUUUGAAAGUAGCGCCUCCCAACUCAUACAUUCAUGUCGAGUGGUUCAAGUCGCCUGAACAACUGGUCAGUUAUUUGGAAUGGCUGGAUAAAAACGACGAAGCUUAUUUGGACUUUCAUCAGUGGAGAACGCUGAUUCAAGAUGAGUCGGAUGGCGAAAACUACGUUCAUUCAAUUUUCAACCUCGGAGUCGACGAACUAGGCUACUGCAUGCUCUGCCGGAAGAUCCGCGAGAUGAGGGCGGAGAACCUCCACCAGUCGUACAAAUCCGUGAUGAAGUUCUGGCACUACGACCUGUACGACGAGUGCAAGGAGAACAUCGAGUUCCAGUCCUUCCAGACGAGUAUUAAACAGAACAAACGGGUCUGGAAAGAUGACUAA